AGUUUCUCCUACAAGAUGUGUUCCCCAAAUCCAGCAAACUGGGUCACCUUUGAUGACGAGCCUCUCUUCCAGUCACCUCAGAAACUGGCUGACAAUCAGAGUAGCUGCAAACCAAAUGGCCUUAAGCUCAACCUGUCCAGUGUUCAUGAGUCUUCAAGUAGGUCAUCCUCUACCGGCAGCACUCCGCUCUCAUCUCCUGUAGUUGAUUUCUACAUAAGUCCUGGACCCCCCAGCAACUCUCCACUUACUACACCUACCAGAGACUACCCGGGAAACCCCUGCAUUCCAAAGUCUGGGAUUCACAUGCUUUAUCCUAUCCCUGAAUGGCCAUCAAAUGUUAACCCUCCUCCAUCCCCUGGGAUUUGCUCAUCCCUAGCCUCGCAGAAACUGAGCAGCCUUCCUUUGAACCCCUCACCUAGUGACCAUCCAGGUAAGACUUUGGUCUCCAAAUCAGCAGAAGAAGGAAACCCUAACCCACCAGGAAGCUGUGAGGAACUGGCUCCAGGACACUUUCCGUACUUUCACAGUGACUGUGCUUUUUCCAGUCCUUUUUGGAAGGAAGGGUGUUCCCUCAGCAUGUCACCAGCUAAUGUUAGCAUGCCCAGGAAGGACAAAGUGCUUGACAGGAGCGGGUGUCAUCCUAGACACAAAGAAACCUGUCACGAUCAGAAAAGCCUUAACCAGGGCUCCUUCAGUUACAUCUGUGAGAGGCUGGAACACCUGCAAGCUGACAGCUGUGAGGCCGUGGAAAAUCCAUCCAUCUCCAGCACCCACGCAUGGCACAAGCUCUCCCUCACCAUCCCACGCAGCCUUUUCAGGAGCCAAAGAUCAGAUGGGUGGCCAUUCAUGCUGAGGAUUCCUGAAAAGAAGAACAUGAUGUCAUCUCGGCAGUGGGGCCCUAUUUACCUGAGUGUCCUGGCCGGAGGGGUGUUGCAGAUGUAUUAUGAAAAGGGCCUGGAGAAACCUUUCAAGGAAUUCCAGCUGCAGCCACAGUGCAAGCUGUCCGAACCUAAACUGGAGAGCUACAAUGUCUCAGGAAAAAUCCACACUGUGAAGAUCGAGUGUGUGUCUUACCUGGAGAAGAGGAGGUACCACCCCAAAGUAGAGGUGAUCCAUGAGCCGGAGGUGGAGCAGAUGUUAAAGCUGGGCACCACAGAUUAUAACGACUUCACUGAUUUCCUCAUGACGGUUGAGGAGGAGCUCAUGAAACUUCCUACUGCUUCCAGACAAAAGAGGAAUUAUGAAGAGCAAGAAAUGACUCUGGAAAUAGUGGAUAACUUUUGGGGGAAAGUCACUAAGGCCGAAGGAAAAAUCGUAGAAAGUGCAGUGAUCACACACAUUUACUGCCUGUGUUUUGUGAACGGCAGUGCCGAGUGUUUUCUAACCCUGAACGACCUGGAACUCCACAGGAGGGACGAGCGUUACUUUGAGAAGGAGCAGGAGAAGAAGUGGAUCAAUAUUCUCGACUGCCAUUUCCAUAACUGUGUCAAAGCACAGGAAUUUGAGCAAUCACGGAUUAUUAAGUUUACACCCCCAGAUGCCUGCAGGCUGGAACUGAUGCGUUUCAGGACACGCUACAAUGGGCAAGACCUUCCCUUUUCUGUGAAGGCAGCAGUGGUGGUUCAGGGCGCAUACAUUGAACUUCAGGCUUUCAUAAACAUUUCUUCAACUGCUCAGAUCCUGACACGUUUACCCUCUGUGAAGUACUGUGAAAAUGUUAUGAUACGCUUUCCUGUUCCCACACAGUGGAUCAAAGCACUUUGGACCAUGAACCUCCAAAGACAGAAGUCCCUAAAAGCAAAAAUGAAUAGGAGAGCAUGCCUUGGGGCUUUGCAUGAGGUUGAAUCUGAUCCUGUUAUCCAAGUCUCGGUUGGAACAGCAAAAUACGAGAGUGCCUACAGGGCCGUGGUGUGGAAGAUUGACAGGCUUCCAGAUAAAAAUUCAAGUUUGGAUCAUCCACACAGCCUCUCUUACAAACUGGAACUGGGAUCAGACCAGGAGAUACCAUCUGACUGGUACCCAUUUGCUACUGUCCAGUUUGUUGUUCAUGAUACCUGUGCCUCGGGAACAGAAGUGAAGUCCCUGGGCAUAGAGAGUGAUCUGCAGCCCCAGAAACACGUGGUUCAGAAAGCUUUUUACAAUUGCCAGGUUGAAAUUGAAAAGAAGUGGAUUAGGCUUGAUGGAGAAGACCCAGAUAAGGCUGGCAACUGCCUAAUGCAAUGA